AUUGGACAACCCGAAAUUCUUUCCAGGAUACGAAUUAUUAAGACAAUAUCACAAGCUUUACCUUCAUGGACUCGUCUACUAAGAGAAAGGCGGACGGCAAAGCGAGUGGAGAUGGAAAUCGCAGCAAGACGAAAAAGCCAUGGCGAACAAACCCAAGCCACCAGUCGCGCCAGAUCUCUGCCGGUGACAGUGGAAUCUGGGUGACAUGCAACAAAGGCAAAGAAGGGAAAUGCACUUGGGAGAUUCGAGACCUAUUCAAUGAUUAUGCCGAGCAACUCUAUCCAGCGGCAUUCGACAAGACCCAGGAUGGAGAUGACGCAGCCGAAGGAAAUGAACUUGGCGACAUCGAAAGCGAAAUUAAUGCCGAAAUCAGUGACAUGCAGAAAAGCAAAAGCAGCGCGGCCCAGCUGUUCACUGCGGUGAAGCUCGAUAUGCCAUGCGUGCUUUUCAUGAGGACUAUUUCCCCAGUGGACCCGGUAGGACUUGUCAACAAGAUCUGUGACGAUGCCUUGGCGAACCCAAGCCUCAAGCGAACUCGCUUCGCGAAACGCCUCUCGCCCAUGACGCUCAUGGGCCGCGCGUCUGUGGAAGGACUGGAGAAGGUCGCGAAAGAAGUUCUCGAACCGCAUUUCCAUCAAACACCAUUCCAGAAGCGGAAGUUUGCGAUCCGUCCGACACUGCGGAAUCACAAUAUCCUGAGCCGUGACAGCAUCAUCAAGCAAGUGGCGUCGAUUGUGGGACCAGGACAUACUGUGGACCUCAAGAAUUAUGACUUGCUUAUCAUCGUCGAGGUGUAUCAGCACGUAUGUGGGGUGAGUGUCGUAGACGCGAAUUUCGAGAAACUAAAGCGGUACAACAUUGCCGAAAUUUUCGAGCCCACACCGAAAGAGGCCAUUCCAGCUACCAAAGCGGACGACAACCGAGCGGAUGCUGCGGAUGAAGUAACCGAAAGCACAGAAGCCUCCACGGCUGCAGGACCUUCAUGAUGGGAGAUGUGUCUGGUUGGAGAAGCUACGGUAGACCUCUCCGCCAAUAACGACGCCGUCUCCAUGCAUCAUCAUUGCCAGAGACAGAAGGAUGCACUAGGCCCGAUCCCUCGCCACGUGGUGGUAGCCCCAGUAGAGAUCGGGGAGAAUGAAUGCAACUGCGAAUUCGGAAGAACGGGUGACAUGACCGUCUGUGGAUUGGAAACUGCGAGCCUCGGAAUGCCCCUUCGUGAGGUCGGGUGUUGGCGAGCACUAGACGUCAAGCGGCCGUUGUUAGUGAGAAUGGCCCCUGGGCGGCUGAGGUCCAGCCAGAACGCCUCUCGGAAGGAGUAGACACCAGUGAAGAUGCUGGGCCGCCUAUGAUGCAGUG